UGCAGCUCCCCUGUAAUGCAAGCCUGAGGCGUUCCUGCCGGACCAUAGGAAGAGUCGGGAGCGGCAGCGCCGGAUCGGCUUGGGAAGGGGGCGAGUUUUGGCGCAGGAUGUCUGAGAGGCCGGGCCCUGCGCCUGUGAUCUUGUUUUCGGGGGAUUCACCGAAGCGCGUCUUGGUCUCUGUCAUCAAAACCACCCCGAUCAAGCCGCCGCGCAGAGGCAGCGAGGAGCUCGCCCGGGCUCCUCCGCCGCCGCCCAUCCCCACCAGUCCGGGCUUCAGCGACUUCAUGGUGUACCCCUGGCGCUGGGGAGAGAACGCGCACAACGUCACUCUCAGCCCUCCGCCGGCUACGACUCAGCCUCUCUGCGAUGGAGGUGGAGGGAACAGCCACGGGGCCAGAGACGCAGGCGGCCGUUCGGGCGCGGACGACGAAGAAGCGGGCAGCCCGGACAGCGGCAUUGGGAGCAGCGGACACUUGAGGGAUGGGAUUAGAAGAGGCCGACCAAGAGCAGACACCGUCCGAGAUCUAAUAAGCGAGGGAGAGAAUUCAUCUAGCAGAAUUCGUUGUAAUGUUUGCAACAGAGUCUUCCCACGAGAGAAAUCCUUACAGGCACACAAAAGAACUCAUACUGGUGAAAGGCCUUAUUUGUGUGACUACCCUGAGUGUGGGAAAGCUUUUGUUCAGAGUGGGCAACUUAAAACGCAUCAACGUCUCCAUACAGGAGAAAAACCUUUUGUUUGUUCAGAAAAUGGAUGUGUAAGCAGAUUCACACAUGCAAACCGUCACUGUCCCAAGCAUCCCUAUGCAAGGCUGAGGAGAGAGGAACCUACAGACAGGUUGAAUAAAAAACAAACAGCAGAUAAUAAAGCUGUUGCUGAAUGGCUGGCAAAAUACUGGGAGAUGAGAGAUCAACGUACUCCUACAUUAAGAAGCAAAGCUACUCAUAAGCCUGAUCAGGAGCAGCAAGAUCCCAUGGAGUAUCUCCAGUCUGAUGAAGAUGAGGAUGAGGAAAAGAGUACUACCCAUUCAGCUGCCUGUAGUCGCCUUCAGGAACAACGUGAACGCUUACAUGGGGCACUAGCACUCAUUGAGCUUGCAAACCUGGAUGGAGCUCCACUGCGACAGUAG